CACGCCGUUAGUAAGGAGAAAAUGGUUCAAAGUUCAACCAUGGAUGAGGUUAUGACUGAUGCUGCAACUGGAAGUGAAAAGGUUCAAGGCGACAAUGUUAGUGACGUUGUCGUUGCUCGGAAGACAGUAAGACGUUCUAACAGGUUCUUAACUUUGACAAAGGAUGGGCUUAACGAUGGACUAGUUCCUGAAAACGGUGAAGGCAUAGCUGGUGAAAAAGUUGAAGGCAUAGCUGCAUCAAAGGAAUUAGCAAACGUCCAGCACGCCGUCGUUGUCCAGCACGCCAUUAGUAAGGAGAAAAUGGUUCAAAGUUCAACCAUGGAUGAGAUUAUGACUGAUGCUGCAUCUGGAAGUGAAAAGGUUCAAGGCGACAAUGUUAGUGACGUUGUCGGUGCUCGGAAGGAGGUCAGACGUUCUAACAGGGUUAAGGGAAACUUGGUGGGUGAUGCCGGAAAGCAUCUGCUUCGUCCUACCACAACAAAGACAGGGGUAAAGGUUGACGAGAACUCCAAAACAAUAGAUGUGGUGGAUCGGUUAGCAUUACAGGCCAUUGACACAAACAUUAUUAGUCCAGAAAGACGUGAGACUAAAGCACCCAAGCAGAGCAUGUUCUUGCAUACUUUAAAAUUCCGCUCACCCUAUUUUCAACGUGAUAUAAGCACUUCAAAACCGUUGAAAAAAAAUGAGAAGGAAGUGGGAUUUUAUGCCAUGUACUUGGACAGUGGAGAGAACAAGGAAAUUUUAUUCGAAUUCAUGGAUAUACAAGUAAGGCGUUUCGAGAUGUUAUCAAUGAGAAGAGGCAAUGUGGUGAACAUUUCUCUUAUAGAUGCAUGGACGCUAGUUCUGAACUGGAAAGAGCAGUAUCGUUCAAAUAGUUCACCCCUCCGAUUUUUUUCUACGGCCAGCCUAUAUCUUGACAGUAUAGCUCCAGAAAAUUUAAGUCUUGAAUCACAAAGAGCUAAAUUCGUGAUGGAGUUAUAUGUGGAGUUGACGGAGUUUGGAAAAAAUCCAAUUGAGAACAUUGAUAUGUUUUUCUUCCCCGUAUAUGAACAAGAACGGUACUUUGCAUUGUGUGUGGAUUUAAAAAGGGAACGAAUCUUUGUGCUGGACAGUCUCAUAGACAUAUUAGGUGAUCAUGAUUUCAGGAAGUAUGACAGCCUUUGCACCAAAGUUCGUACACUAUUGGCGUAUUAUCUCAACUACAAAGAAGAGACCAUGAAGUCAAAAUCGGUGUCGAAUUCCAAAAUGCAAAUUGUCAAACUGAAGUGGGCGGACAAGAGAAAUACAUUGGACACAGCUAUUUAUCUUAUGCGCCACUUGGAGACAUUCAUGGGAGAUAGUUCGUCAAAUUGGAAGUGUGACAUGUCCAACGUAAGUACACGACAAAUCUCUCGAAUGCGGGUGAGGUAUUGCUCGUCCAUAAUAUCAUGCGCUAGGAACGAAGUGAAGAAAGAGAUUGAGGACAAUGCUGCAAUUGAAUAUCGUAAGAUUUGCAGUGAUCCAUCGGUUAACAUAGAUUCAGUCUUGGUAGGUUGAGUUAG